AUGGGCCUGAGUCUUGGCCCCUCGGGCAAUGAUACCAUGACCGAUUUGGAGGACCUGGGGAUCGAUAGCAGUGAUUAUUCCGAUUGCUACGAGAGCGAUUCCUUCAGAAACUUUCAGUACACAGUAAGUUUUUUUUAUGUCCUAGCCCUUAAAUUGUCAAAUUUCAUCUUCUUUUACUGUCAAUUCAAAGAAAUUCUUUGUUUCAUCACGAGAUUUAUCGGGUUUCACGGUUCAAAACAAUUUUGUGAAAAAAGCUGACAAGACAAGGUCGACGAGACCCAUGGACAUAUGAUUUAUGUCACCCGGAAAAUGACAUCACACUCUAUUUUUACGCCACUUUUGAUCUUUUUUCAAGGCCCAGAGAAAACGGAAAAGUCGGGUCUUGCCAUGCCAAUUUUCGAAAGAAGACGGCGAUCAUUGGAUACAAGUGAAACUAAUUUUUAAAUUGAGGACCAAAAAUCAGCAAAUCGCACAAAAAAUAUUUUGAUGACAAAAACAAUUUCAGGUCGACGAUCUUCUACUGGCAGCAUGUACGGCAGCAACGGUAUUCAAUGUGAUUGUCAUCUUUUGUGCCAUGAAAUUGUUCAAAAGAAGCGGGGAUACGAUGCAUUUAUUUAUUAUCAACAUGACUAUUGGGGAUCUUUUAUUGACUGGUAAUGCUUAUAAAAUUGCCUUUUACUUGAUGAAAAUUGAACGUUGAUGAAUUUGUUUUAGUGUUCUGUCAUCCGAAUGAAUUCCUGAUCCGUAAACACGAGUUCCUCCGGCAUGUCCAUCUCUGUGCCGUCAUCCAUUUUUGUAAUUGGCUUGGAUUGGCGGUCUCGGGACUUUCCUUGACUCUUCUGAAUGUGGAUAAACUCAUUUAUUUCCAAUGGCCUUAUCGUUAUGACCAGACCAUGUCCAAGAGAAGGGCGGCUUUCCUUUGUAUAUUCAUUUGGUGCCUUUCAUUUGGGCAAGUAUUCAUUCCAUUUAUAGUACACUUGAGAUGUCAUGUUAUACUAUUGAAGGUUAUUUUAUUUUAAUUUCAGAUUUGUAAGCUAUGUCUGGAUGGGUGGGAUUGUCUAUGUGACUCAAGAUUGUAUGUUACAAAUGGCGGAGCAGAAGAAAUAUUACUAUGAAAUCUUCAUGAUCAUGUUUUGUGUCCUCCCCGUCACCUCAUCCCUCUUUGUCAGCAUUUAUCUGUUCCGUUUAACCCGGCAAAAAAGGAAUGCUCCGGUUACGAUGAGCAACAACCAAAUUGACAUCAAAAAUAAGGUAAAUUAAGACAAAAGGUCCUUUUAUUUUUCGUAUUUUAGCUGAAAUCGCUUGUUUUUAUCUUUGCGACAACAGCCUGGACCUCGUUCAGUUUAUUGCCAUAUCGGAUCUUCAAUAUCUGCCGGAUCCAUUUAUUCGAAUGGAGUGCGAUCAGUUGUGAGACCCGGGAAGUGAUGAAUUGGCUGGCCUGGAUGCUGUUAUACCUUCUUACUACUAACCCUGCAAGCCUUACUUAAUUUUAGUUAUAAUCAUUCUAGUUGUAAGACAAUAUUUUCUGUUUAGAUAGUGAAUCCGUUGAUCACCGCCAUCAUCUAUGCCCCUUAUCGAAUGACAAUCAAGCGACUUAUGAUCAACCUGCCCAUCGGGAAUCGUCCGCACAGCUCGCAUUAUCGAAACGAACACACGGAGACCAGGUAAGUGUCCCCGAAAUACCAUAAAAUACCACAGUUUUCUUUCGUCGGCACGCCAGAACCAGAAGCGAAGAGCCCGGCACGGUCAAAUGGAGCAAGAGCUCAGCGAAAUGAGUUCCUCGUACAAGGGAUCGGUGGGAGAGUUGGUCCGGGAGCAGACUUCCUCCUUCAACGGCCACAUCUCGGACGGAUUCUCAUUGGAUGAGGCCGAGGAGGAUGUGUCGUCGGCCCAGAGUCAGCCCGCCCCCUCUUCCCAGCCGGAAUGCUCCAGACAGCAAAGGCCACAGAGCGCCACCUUCCGUUCCAACAGUUGUAAUGAUCUCUGA